GGCGGCGAGGGACGAGGAAGAAGCUGAGGAGGCGGCCCCCGCGCUCGUAGAACCGUGCCACCUGCCCGCUAGCUCGCUCGCUGCGCCGCGCUGCCGAUCGCCAGCAUGCUUCCGAGACUGGGCGGCCCCGCGCUGUCGCUGCCACCGCUGCUGCUGCUGCUGCUGCUGGGUGCGAGUGGCAGCGGCGGCGGGGCGCGCGCCGAGGUGCUGUUCCGCUGCCCACCCUGCACGCCCGAGCGCCUGGCCGCCUGCGGACCCCCGCCGGUCGCGCCGUCCGCCUCGGUGGCGGGAACCACCCCCGUGCCCUGCGCGGAGCUCGUCCGGGAGCCGGGCUGCGGCUGCUGCUCGGUGUGCGCCCGGCUGGAGGGCGAGGCGUGCGGCGUCUACACCCCGCGCUGCGGCCAGGGGCUGCGCUGCUAUCCCCGCCCGGGCUCCGAGCUGCCCCUGCAGGCGCUGGUCAUGGGCGCGGGCACUUGUCAGAAGCUCCGGGACGCCGAGAACGGCGCCAGCCCAGAGCAGGUUGCAGACGAUGGCGAUGACUCGGAAGGAGGCCCCAUGGAGAACCACGCAGACAGCGCCGUGACCAUGUUGGGUGGGGUAGGUGGUGCUGGCCGGAAGCCCCUCAAGUCGGGUAUGAAGGAGCUGGCUGUGUUGCGAGAGAAGGUCACUGAGCAGCACCGGCAGAUGGGCAAGGGCAGCAAACAUCACCUCGGUGCGGAGGAGCCCAAGAUACUGCGACCGCCCCCUGCCAGGACCCCCUGCCAGCAGGAGCUGGACCAGGUCCUGGAGAGGAUUUCCACCAUGCGCGUUCCGGAUGAGCGGGGCCCCCUGGAGCACCUGUACUCCCUGCACAUCCCUAACUGUGACAGGAAUGGCCUGUACAACCUCAAACAGUGCCAGAUGUCUCUGAACGGGCAGCGCGGGGAGUGCUGGUGUGUGGACCCCAACACCGGGAAGAGGAUCGAGGGCGCCCCCACCGUCCGUGGGGACCCCGAGUGUCAUCGCUUCUACUAUGAGCCUCAGGAGGCUGGCGGGGUGCCCACCCAGCAGGCACAGUAGACCGCAGCUAGCCGGUGCCUGGUUCCCCCACCCCCACCCCUCUCCAAGCACUGGCAGAAAACGGAGAGUGCUUGGGUGGUGGGUGCUGGAGGGCUUUCCAGUUCUGCCACGUGCAUUUAUACUUGGAAAGAGACCAGCACCGAGCUCGGCACCUGCCCCCUCUCUCUUCCUAGCCACAGAUGCCACACCUGCCCCUUGUUGCUUCCCCCCUGCCCCAGGGAGGAAGGGAGUCAUGGUGGGGGAGCUGGGGUUCAGGUUUGGGAAGGGGGGAGAGACACAUUUUUAUUUUUUAACCCCUAUGUCUCUUUUGCUUAUGAAUAAAGGAAGGAAAA